AUGGGACCAAAUUCGCAACUUGCAAAAACAGUGAUGAAAUUCCUAAUGACAAACAAUGGAACCAUAUGUACUAAAGCAGAUGUGAGAAAACAUUUCAGUGUAUCAAAAUUACCAGAGAGUUUAAAAGGUUUGUAUGAGAAAAAAUUAGAACAAAUGGAAUUAAGAAAAAAAAAGUUAGAAGAAAAAAAAAAAAAAAUGGAUAAGGUUCAAAUUUCAAGAGAAAGGAAAAAUAAAUUCAAGUCUUCCAAGGGACAGCACAACGUGUUUUAA